AUGCCCGCCGAAGAGUCCAAACCCCUCGACCCGGCCGUCAAGGAGGCCAACGACGCCCUCGCCGAGGCGACCGACAAGGGCAAGGGCAAGGAACCCGAGGUCGAAUCGGAAGACGAAGACGGAGAGGAUGCGCCCGAGGAGACGGCGCCCGGCGCGUCUGCUGCCAGCGCAAAGAAGAAGAAGAAGAAGUCCAAGAGAAAGAAGAUCAAGGAGGCCCUCACUGGCAAGCCGAGCGACCCCGAGCAAAUCGUCAAGGACGCCAUCGGUGGCCUGACGCCUCAGCAGCUCACCGAGCUCCUCGCCCUGAACCCGGCCCUCGCAAACGAGCUCGGCGUCGGCAGCUCCAGCAACAAGUCGGCCGAGGAGACCGCCGCAGCGAUGCAGAAGCUGAACCUGCAGGACAUCAUGACCGGCCUCGCGUCGGCCGGCAAGAACGCCAAGGACAUGGCGAGCUACAAGUUCUGGGCGACACAACCCGUGCCCAAGUUCGGCGAGGCACUCAUGGCUCCCGGCUGGCGCAAGGAGUGGCACGUCGGUGUGCGCGCAUCGCAGUCUAGGAAGCUCGUUGCCUUCAUCUCGGCCAUCCCCGUCAACCUACGCGUGCGCAAGAACGUCGUCACCUGCUCCGAGCUCCCGGACGCCACGUCGACCAAGGGCCUGCGCGAGCUCCAGGAGAAGGACAUCGACGCCGCAUGCGAGCUGCUGACAAAGUACCUGAAGCGCUUCGACAUGGCGCCCGAGUUCUCCAAGGACGAAUUCAGGCACUGGUUCCUCCAUGACAAGAACGCACCUGGCGAGCAGGUCAUCUGGACCUAUGUCAUCGAGACCAACGGCAAGAUCACCGACAUGUUCUCCUUCUACUGCCUCGAGUCCACCGUCAUCAACAGCUCAAAGCACCAGGUCGUCCGCGCCGCCUACCUCUGGUACUACGCCUCGGACGUCGCCUUCGCCACGCCUUUCAGCAAGGAGGCGCUCAAGACACGGUUGAACUCGUUGAUCAACGACGCCCUCAUCAUGGGCAAGAAGUACAAGUUUGACGUCUUCAACGGCCUGUCCCUGCUUGACAACGGCCUGUUCCUGGAGCAGCAGAAGUUCGGCCCGGGCGACGGCCAGCUGCACUACUACCUGUUCAACUACCGCGCAGCCCCCAUCGCGGGCGGCGUGGACAGGAGAAACAAGCUCGACGAGGAGAACCUGAGCGGUAUCGGUUUGGUAAUGUUGUAA